AUGCCUACCUAUACGGAUUUCUAUCAGGAGCAGGGAACUCCCGAUAUGGACCUCAAUAUGGACACCGAACUGCGCAACACCAUCAUCAUCUUGGCGGCCGUCAGCUGCAGCGUGCUGGUUACGGUGGGCGUGGCUGCGGUCGUGACUUGGACUUUGAUACGUCCGAAGCGUGUCCAUCUGGCGUAA